AAGUUAUUUAUUUUGUGAUAUGUCUGUCUGGUUGAAGAGUGGUUACAUAGGAUAGGCUAAGACAAAGAUCCUCCGAUAAUAAUUCUGUUAAAGUACAUACAUAGUUUCUCUGUAAUAAUGACAUCAUUCUUCUCUGUAAACGUCACCACUUCACCUUCUCCCUGUAUUCUUCAACAACGUUGUUUCUCCACCCUUUCAUCCUCCACUCAUCUACCACAUAGUUCACUGCAGCAAAAAGGGAAAUUUGGGGCUUUCCUAUUGCUUGGUUUCAGACCAUUUUCUUUCAAUUGGAGGAGGAGGAGAACUUUGAUGUGUGCAGCCAAUCAAGAUGCAAAGGAAGCAGUGAAAGAAAUAGGCGAAAUUGAUGGUCUGAUAGGUGUAAUGGGCGAAGUCGAUUCUCAUCAGGUACAUGACAAAAGUAUUGAAGCUUGGUCGCAAUUUUCCGGAAGAAUAUCUGGUGAAUGGGAUGGAUUUGGAGCAGACUUCAGUAAACAAGGGAAGGUGAUCGAACUGCCAGAGUCGGUGGUGCCUGAAGCAUACCGAGAAUGGGAGGUCAAAGUAUUUGAUUGGCAGACUCAAUGCCCCACUCUUGCUGAUCCAAAGGAUCAUGUUAUUCAGUACAGGUCUGUUCAGUUACUUCCCACUGUUGGAUGCGAGGCUGAUGCUGCUACAGUAUACAGUUCUGAUGAAAGAAAAGUGAGUGUGGAAAACAGUGAAGUUAACGCCUUUGCUUACCAAUCCAGUGGCUCUUAUGUUGCUGUCUGGCAAAAGAAGGAUGACUUGAUAGAGUUGGAGUACUGCUUGAUCAAUCCUCAAGAUUUUGAAUCUCGGGUUAGGUUUAUUCAGCGUAUCUGUGUAUUAAAUAAUACAGAGAUGGAGCUACAAGGUAUUAGAGUAUUUCGUGAGCAGUGGUAUGGACCAUUCAGAAAUGGCGAUCAACUUGGAGGUUGUGCUAUCCGUGAUUCUGCUUUCGCUUCUACUGCACCCAUGAUUUCUUCAGAUAUUGCUGGUAUCUGGCAGGGAUCUAAAGCUGUCACCACUUUUGACACUACAAACACUGGGAUCUUUCGAGAGCUUUUAGGUGACGAAACACAGAAGUCUGUUAGAGAUGGAGAAAACAAUGUAUUACUUCCUAAGCAACUGUGGUUUUCUUUUGAACAAAACAAGGUUGGUGAAACUCUAAGUGAAGUAGGAUGGCUUUUAGAUCAUGGGAAGGCAAUCACAUCAAGCUGCUUAUUCUCAAGCACUGCAAAGCUGAAGGAAAUCUCAAUAGCAUUAGAAACUAUAGCCUUGGAACAUGUAGUAUAGCCUUAGUGGCAAUCCAUUCAGAUCCAAAUUUGUAUACAUCCCUAAACGGUGUCACAAUCCAAGGUGAAAUUCAUUUAUAUAUAUGAUAAAUUUAUAGCAAAAGUUUGACUUAUUUAAAUGUUUGAUGAAUAAUGUGAUAAAUUUGUAUCAGAAGUCUUCCAUAUUUAUAUAUCUCAUUUUAAUUUGUGUAUAUAAGAUCGACUCAGUUUUA